UGAAGAUUAGGUACUCGUGUCCACAGAUUUCUCCUACCUAUUUCACUUUGCAUAUUUCCACCAAAAAUGACGUCCUUUACGUACCAUGCUAUAAUAAUUCAUUCGGCUGGCUAAAACUGAUCGGAGCGCACAUCACCGAUAACAGCCAUAAAAAUUGAAAAUUGUUUCUUUGUUUUUUGUGCAAAAUUAGGCGUUAUGUAAGUAGCCGGGACAAUGGGGUAGGCUUAAACUUGCGGUGUCAUCAAACUCAUCUGCAUAAUUCCGAAGACAAUACAUAGGUAUUGUGCGUGAAUAGCCGAAGGAUUGCAGAAUAAAGAAGAAAAUGUCGAUUUACAACAAUUCGGUUAAGAGAUACUACGACUUCGUAUUUACGGAUCUCGCCGAUCCCCGCACCAACGAUUGGCUCUUAAUCAAUGACCCGCUUCCAGGCUUAGCUAUAGUAGGAUUCUAUCUAUACUUUGUUUUAAACUUGGGCCCUCGUCUCAUGAAAGACCGACAACCUUACGAAUUAAAAAACACCUUAAUCGUUUACAACUUUGUGCAAGUUUUAGUUAGCGUUUAUUUAUUUUAUGAAGGCAUGGAAGGUGCUUGGUUGUACAGGUAUAGCUGGACAUGUGAACCCGUUGAUCACUCGAGGAGCCCCCAUGCCAUGAGGGUAGCAAGAGGCGUUUACAUCUACUUUCUUGCUAAACUCACAGAACUAUUGGACACCGUUUUUUUCGUUUUAAGAAAAAAGAAUGCGCAGAUUAGCUUUCUUCACAUCUACCACCACACAGUGAUGCCCCUAGUUAGUUGGGGAGCCACCAAGUACUUCCCAGGGGGUCACGGUACAUUUAUAGGCGUCAUAAACUGUUUCGUCCACAUUAUUAUGUACUUCUACUACAUGAUGGCGGCCAUGGGACCAAAAUAUCAGAAGUAUCUCUGGUGGAAAAAGUACAUCACCACGUUGCAAUUGUCCCAAUUUUGCAUAGCCUUCCUACACUCUAUGCAACUGCUGUUCUACGACUGCGGCUAUCCAAAGUGGACAAUGUUCUUCACCUUGCCGAACGCAAUCUUCUUCUACUACCUGUUCUCGGACUUUUACAAUAAAGCGUAUGCGGAAAGCAAUAAAAAAAAUGUGAUUAAAAAUGGUCACGCUAAUGGAACUACUAAUGGAAGCGCCAAAGAAGCUGGAGUUCUAUCUAAAAAUGGAGUGCUGUCAAAAAAUGGCGUGCUGUCCGAAAAUGGCAUACUAUCCGAAAAUGGCCACGCAAAACAAUCUUGAUUAAAUCAUACUGUUUUAUGCAUGUAAUAAAAGUUACCGAUGUGUUUUCCGAACGCCGUGUUGAGAAGCAUUUUAAAUUAAAUUAGUAUAAUAAUUGUAA